CCUCAUAUAGCAAGAGAGAGAGGAAGAGAGUUGAUGUGACAAUGAACAGGGAUGGAAAUGGGAGUGAGGUUGAGAAGGAUGCACAGUCUGUGUCUAAUGAUGGUGUGGAAAAAGAUUGUGUUGGUGAGAACUCGUGGCACUGUGCGAUGAAAUGAAGCAUGUUAGUUGAGUCAUUUGAGUCAAACAGGAAACAAUAGUUAAUUAGAGACUUCCCAUUUCUUGAUGAAAAGUAUUUUUCCCUUCCCUGCAGCACUGAAGCAUCAGUCCAUGGUCAUGAAGCUUGUUGUCUCUGUCCUCUUAGCCCUAGCCAGCUCCUCCUUGGCUCUGGAGAAUGGGCUUAUGAGAACGCCCCCAAUGGGAUGGCUUUCAUGGGAGAGAUUUCGUUGUAAUGUUGACUGCAAGACGGAUCCUCAUAAUUGCAUCAGUGAGAAGCUCUUCAAGGAUAUGGCAGACCGCCUGGCAACAGAUGGAUGGAGGGAGUUGGGCUAUGUGUAUGUGAAUAUAGAUGACUGCUGGAUGGCAAAGGAGCGUGAUGCAACAGGACAGCUGGUUCCAGAUCCAGAGAGAUUCCCUAGUGGAAUCAAAGCCUUGGCAGAUUAUGUGCACUCACGGGGGCUGAAACUCGGCAUUUAUGGUGAUCUAGGCACCCACACAUGUGCAGGGUACCCAGGUACCACAUUGGACAAGAUUGAACAGGAUGCUUCAACAUUUGCUAGGUGGGGAGUAGACAUGCUGAAGCUAGAUGGCUGCUACUCGUCAGCAGAUGAGCAAGCCCAAGGUUAUCCUAGAAUGACCAAGGCUCUGAACGCAACAGGCCGUCCUAUUGCCUAUUCCUGUAGCUGGCCAGCCUAUCGAGGGGGACUCCCACCUAAGGUGAAUUACACUUUUCUGGCAAACAUAUGUAAUCUCUGGCGAAACUAUGCUGACAUACAAGACUCUUGGAACAGCGUCCUCUCCAUUGUGGAGUGGUUCUCUGUCAAUCAGGAUGUAAUUCAGCCUGGAGCAGGCCCUGGCCAUUGGAAUGACCCAGACAUGUUAAUCAUUGGAAACUUUGGCCUCAGCUAUGAACAGUCCCGGUCCCAGAUGGCCUUAUGGACUGUGAUGGCUGCUCCUCUCUUCAUGUCCACGGAUCUCCGCACUAUUUCAGAGAGUUUCCUGGAGAUUCUACAGAACAAGUUGAUGAUCAAAAUUAACCAAGAUCCCCUGGGAAUCCAAGGACGCAGAAUCCUUAAGGAGAAAUCUUACAUAGAUGUAUUUCUGCGGCCACUUUCCCAUUCAGCCAGUGCUCUGGUUUUCUUCAGCCGGAGGACCGAUAUGCCGUACCGCUACACCACCUCACUUGCCCAACUCAAUUUUACACAGAACGCUGUAUAUGAGGCACAAAAUGUGUAUACCGGUGAAAUCAUCAGUGGCUUAAAGACUGCGGACAACUUCACAGUGGUCAUUAAUCCCUCUGGAGUAGUCAUGUGGUAUCUUUACCCAACUGCAUACUUGGACCUGUCUUCCAGUUUUGCCAAGCAGGAGCUGAAAGUCAAGAAAUUCAGCCCUGUGACACUGUGAUGCUCCUGGUAUUACUGCUGGUAACUCCAAGUGGAAAAGGCAAACCAAUUGUACAAAAUGGUGAUCUUACACAGGCAGGGUAAAUGUCUUGCUUAUCUACCUCCAAGAGCUAUGGGGAAGCUCAAUUCUGUGGCCUUAUUUUGUGGAUUCACUUGGAAGGAUUACUAAGGCUAGAAUAAGUCCCACUGAACUCCGUAGGGGUUACAUUUGUGUAAAUAUGCACAUUUGUGUAAAUAUGCACUAUAAGUUUGCAUAGUUGCUUCAGUGAUGGCCAGAUAAUUUGAAACAAUCAGAUGUGUUAAGCUACUGUAUAGCAGAAGUGUAAGCUCAGAUCAACCUAAGUUGAAGGAAAUUAGGAUAUUCCAUAGGUUGCAGAAAAGUAAUUUGCCCUGGAUUACUUGCAAUUGAAAAAAUCUUUGCUGAUCAAAUGAACUUCAAAUUAGCUCUACUCCUCUUUCCUUCCUUCCAUGCAGUGCAAGUAUUUUAACUGUGCUGGUCUCAGUGGCAGCUAAAUUGAAUUUCACCUCAUGAACUAAUCUGGGAGAAAGGAAGGAGCAUAGAAUCAUGGCAACACAUCUUACUAGGGAAAGAAACUAAUUAGUACCUCACAAAGGCAAAUUACCAAUCUGAAUGUAUUAGUAGUAAAACUCACUCUUCCAGGAAUGUGCAACCUCAGAAUGCAAGAGGAAACAAAAUCAAAUGCAGUAAUGUCAGGAAAAAGGGUUCUUGCUUAUCCUGCUCCCGAGUUGCUAGUUUUGUAUCUGCAGGAAGGGAUGAUUAACAGAGGGGUAUCCUACAUCUGUAUUCAAUUAUAGACUUUCCCAAAAUUCUAUCAUGUUGCUCAGUGUGGCUUUGAUUUUAGGAACGUAUCAAUCCCUUGCUGGAACAAAUCAAAGGUUCAUCUAUUCCAACAUCCUAUUCCUGGCAAAGGCCAGAUGCCUGCCCAGACUGCAAGCAAAGGCAACAACCUGGGCAUGUAGUUUGUUCCUGUAUCUAGUAUUCAGAGGCAAUAUACCCUCCAGCUGUAAAGUAGCCUAUUUAUAUACUACAAAACUGCUAAUCAGAAAGCACUGUGUAUGUGCAUAAACAUGAAAUUGUGUGCUACCCAACUGCACAUGAGAUUUGUAUACACACACUGAGAAAGUGGAAUGGGCUGCAGCUUGCAGCAUUCAUACAAAAAUUUAAAAAUAUUUGUGUGUAUAUAAAGACAAGUUAUACAACUGUGUAGCUUUCCUGAGCAUGCUUAUACGAAAGUGGCUUCUACCCACCAGGUUUACAGGGAAUCUGUCACAGAUGUUAGGUCCCAUGUUUUAACUCAUGCUUGUGAAUUAUGCAUUACACAGGAGAUGGGAGCAUGCAAAAUUUCUGCUUCUGGGUAGAAUCCAUUUUGACACAGAAAGGGCUAUAUAGGGAGAGACCUGUAUCUCCCUGUCAUAAGGAGGUAAGAAGAGCUGUGCUGGAACAGUCCAAAGGCUUAUCAAGUCCAGUGUUCUCUUCACAGAGGGUUCAACCUGUGGGAAGCCUGCAAGGAGCAGCACCCUAUCACUCAUGUUCUCUAGCAAGUGGUAUGUGGAAGGGCACUACCUCUGAUGCCAGAACUGAUAUAUCACUUCAUAAUGAUUCCAUUAGGACUUGACUUUUGUAUUUUCUCAAUCUUCCUGCUGUCUUCAUGCAUCAAGCCCUGAAUCAGUUUUCAACUCUUUGAAAUAGCAGUAGCUGCCCCUAGAAGACUUCCUGAGCCAUUAUCGGAAUGGACAGGAUAAAAAUGUUUUAAAUAAACAGAAGCUCUUAUUUACACUCAUGGGCUUAAGGAAUUCAGAAUGACUUUCUUCUGGAAUCAUUCAAUUCCAUUCAUCUGAAAAGCCCAUAAACAGUCUCUUUUUUGUAGGUCUCUUGGAUUUCUCCCUGAUUUUUCUAACUAUUACAAGGUGAAUUUUGUUUUUAUAAUUGUUCUUAUGAUUAUUUUACUUUGUUGUAUUGAUCUACUCUAUAGCCUGCUUUUUUCAACAUAAUAAAAACAUUUUAAAUUAAA